AUGGCUGCCAUCCGCGCUUAUAUUGACGCUCCUUUUACCGGGGCGGCAAACAUACUUGGAGCAUCUGUUGACGACGUCAAACUCAUCGGAUCCUUCCUCAUCUCGUACCCGUUGGCCGCCAUUCUCAAGCGAAUCCCGGACAAAGACCCAUGGAAAAAGAAUGUCUUUAUUAUCGCCGUGUCUCUUUUUUACAUCCUCGGCUUGUAUGAGCUCUGGGAUGGCUUGCUCACGUUGACGUAUAGCUCCGUAGCCACCUAUCUUAUUGCAUACUAUAUCGAUGGCUCUCUGAUGCCUUGGAUCGGCUUCACCUUCUUGAUGGGACAUAUGUCAAUCAGCCACAUUUAUCGCCAAAUUGCAGACGACGCAUCGGUUGUUGAUAUCACUGGCCCUCAAAUGGUUCUUGUCAUGAAACUUUCGGCAUUCUGCUGGAACGUGCAUGAUGGUCGUCUUCCCGACAAAGACCUUACGGAUGCUCAGAAGUAUGCAGCAAUCAGGAAAUUCCCAAGCGUACUAGACUACGCCGGCUACGUGCUAUUCUUUCCGUCACUCUUCGCGGGUCCUGCUUUCGACUAUGUCGAUUAUCGCCGCUGGAUUGACACAACGCUCUUCGAAGUUCCUCCUGGUACCGAUCCCUCGAAAGUCCCUCCUACUCGGAAGAAGCGAAAGAUUCCACGCAGUGGUCGCCCAGCUUUGAAAAAAAUGAUCAUGGGCAUAAUAUGGGUUUUGGCCUUUGUGCAGCUGGCCCCUAAAUUCCCAAUCUCGUUUUACUUUAGCGACGAAUACAAGACCUACUCGCUCCCACGUCGCAUAUGGCAACUGCAUAUGCUUGGUUUUGUCUCCCGGCUUAAGUACUACGGUGCGUGGUCCCUGACCGAAGGUGCCUGUAUUCUUUCAGGUCUUGGAUACAAUGGCUUCGACGCGAAGACAGGCAAGGUCUUCUGGGACCGUCUAGAGAAUGUCAAUGUUUGGGGUUUGGAGACGGCGCAAAAUACCAGAGGUUAUCUCGAGAACUGGAACAAGAACACCAACCACUGGCUGCGUAACUACGUGUACUUGCGAGUCACCCCCAAGGGCAAAAAACCGGGUUUCAGGGCCAGCUUGGCUACCUUCAGUACCAGCGCGUUUUGGCACGGUUUCUAUCCUGGUUAUUAUUUGGCAUUUGUUUUGGCUUCAUUCGUUCAGACUGUAGCAAAGAAUUUCCGACGCCACGUCCGUCCUUUCUUCAUGAGCCCAGACGGGUCCAAGCCAACUGCAAUGAAGCCCUAUUAUGACGUCGUCUCCUGGGUUGUGACUCAAUUGAUCAUGUCCUUCACUGUCGCUCCAUUCGUUCUUCUAUCCUUUAGUGGCACAAUUGCGGUGUGGAGUCGUGUGUACUUCUACGGUAUUGUCAGCGUUGCUUCGGCGACGGCGUUCUUUGCUAGCCCUGCCAGAGCCUAUCUCAGCGCAAAACAGAAGAAACGCAGCCGCCCAGCAUUGGCCCGAACCGUGAGCGCCGAUACCCCUGUGUUGGGUCUUCCGAACGAUCUGGAGAAAGAAGUUGAUGACGCGAUCAAAGAGAUUUCGGAAGAAAUCGAAGAGAUGCGGAGGAAUGGCGCCACGAAAUCGAUGCCAUCUGCUCCUGAGCUUCGCGCUAUGGUCGAGGAGAAACUCCGCAAGGAUUGA